AUGCAAAAUAUCCAAAUACAUUGUUCAGAGAUUAAUUACCAGGUUAAAGGCUAUGAUGAGUGGGUGUAUGAGGGAUUUGCAGAAGAGGAAUCAAAUAAGUUAGACAAUCAGAUAGAAAAUGGCAUUUCCUUAUUCCUAAGCUUAUUUGAAUCCUCAAUUGGUAUCUUAGAACAGAAAGGCAAAGAUCUGAGAGCAGUUGCAGAUGGUCUGGAGCGUGUGCACUAUCGUACCACCAUGGGCAGCUUGACAGGAGGGGUGGUGAGUGCAAUCGGAGGGGUCGCCUCUCUGGUUGGAUUAGCCCUGGCCCCUGUCACCAUGGGAGCUUCUCUGGCUGUGACAGAGGUGGGAGUCAUCACAGCGCUUUCUGGAGGGUUGACCAGUGGUGUUUCCAACAUCACCAACAUGGUGAAUGAAUCAAUGGAUCGCAAGAACAUUGAACAGAUUAUACAGGACUUCACCAUUUGGAUCGAGCCCAUCAGUAGAUGCCUGACAGACCUCAACAACAACAUAAAGAUUCUAAGAUCUCUCAAGAAAAAGAUUGAGAAGGAGCCCCCCCAGAGAGACGCUAAUAUUCAGCGGGUUGGAUGUCGGCUGGGCAUGGGCUUGGGGGUGAGUCUGGUACCUGAAGCAGUUCAGAUGGUUCAAGCAGCCAACUUGGGCAGGGUGACUGUCAAAGCACAUAAAGCCGGGCAGGUGGCAGGAGUACUUACCGGGGCGUUCUCUGACCUCCUCGUUGCUCUGGAUUUGUACUUCAUCGCCCAGGAUGCCAAAGAGAUCCAGAACAUAAAUAGAGCUAACAAAGAGUCUGCUGCAGUGAAGUUCAUAGCAGAGGUCAGAGAGACAGCCAAGCGGUUAGAGGAUGGUCUGGAUGAGCUGAGGGAAAUCACUAAGGCGCUUCGUGAAGGAGACACACACUGAGCUCAUUAAUCCACUCAAUGUCCGCUUUUUUUAUUCAUUACGUUAAUGAACAAAGUUAACAGGAGAAAGGGAAA